AUGAAAGGCACAGUCAAAUGGUUCAAUGAAACAAAAGGCUUCGGUUUUAUUACUUCCGAAGGUGACAGCAAAGAUGUUUUUGUUCAUUUUUCUGCAAUUCAAGACAAGGAAUACAAAACCCUGGCUGAAGGUCAAAGAGUUGAAUUCGAAAUACAAAAUGGUCAAAAGGGUCCAACUGCAGUAAAUGUUGUAGCUUUAUAG